CCCAAAUUAAACACGGCGGACGGCUGAGCGGAGCUGAGCGGAGCUGAGCUGAGCUAGGGUUUCACCACACCUCAUCACCACCACCACCACCACCACCGAUCAGGAGAAAAAUGGGGGAUCCCUAUUGGAAUAGGCAAAGUGGGAUGCAACCACCAGCAGCCGGAGGAGGAAUGCUUAAACGUCACCGUUCCGAUUACGAUGUUCCGCCAUCUCGGAUGACAUUAGGACAUGAGAUGCAUAACUAUUUAGCUCCUGAUGAUGACCGAGGUGGACCUCGAAUAGUAAAGGAUACAAAAACCCUUGGAUCAGCAUAUGACCGAUAUCUACAGAAUUCGCAACUUUCUCUUAAUUCUGGAGAAGGUAAUAACUAUGGUGGAGCAGCUUUGAGAGCAGUUGGUAGUGGUAUGCCUACACUUCCAAUACGUGACCCUGUUUCAUCUGGUCGUCCUGGGACUGGUGGUCCUGAACUCGCACCAAGCAGCAGAAGGGUGGGGUAUAGUGGUCAACUCCCUGUGGAGGAAAUACCCAGGACUCGUGAAACUCUUCCUCUUCCUCCAGAUGCUUCAAGCACAUUGUAUAUUGAAGGACUUCCUCCUGACAGCACGAAACGAGAAGUAGCUCAUAUUUUCCGUCCUUUUGUAGGUUAUAAAGAAGUAAGACUUGUUACCAAGGAAUCCAAACAUCGCGGUGGAGAUCCUCUAAUUCUGUGUUUUGUUGAUUUUGCUGACCCUGCAUGUGCUGCUACUGCAUUGAGUGCCCUGCAAGGUUAUAAGAUGGAUGAACAUGACCCAGACUCUUCCUACUUGCGGCUGCAAUUCUCAAGGUUCCCAGGUCCAAGGUCUGGCCCUGGAUUUCGUGGGAAGAGAUAGAAAAGCUUCAGGCCGCUGAUACCUGACUCAAUGCACUCAUUAAACAAUGUAGUACUUUUAUGUGAUACUCGAUUUCAUGUAGUUGAUCCUGAACUUAGUUGAUACUCGACACACCUGCGCAGAUUUGUUUCCCCUCUCCUCUUUGUGGUGGGAGUGGAAGAGGCAGGAGAGAGAUUUGCAAUAGUUUUAGCUUAUUUGGAGCAAUUAAACUUGUUGCACAGAGGGCUGAAGGUGCAUCUUUUAUCAAUUGCAGCUGGUGUUUGUAUGUUGUAUCAAUUAUCUGUUCUUCGCAACCCUUUUUGUGCAUUGGGUGCAUUUCAGGUUUUAGGUUUAGAAUGAUCUCAAUUAGUUGGUUUUCUGUCA